AUGGACGAACGAGCCACGGAGCUACUGGCUGCCCUGCGCAACUCCUCCCUCUCCGUCGACGCGAAGAUAGCAUCGCUGGCCAAGCUCAAGUCGGAAAUCAAGCAGAGGAACGUUCCCACUGCUGCUGCUGGAGAUAUCUUUGAUGCCAUCCGCUUGGCCAUUGCGUCACAGCAUGCCUCCCUCUCUGCCGGGGGCUUCUCCGCACUCGGCCACCUGCUGAAGCGGCUCUACCUCCAGGAACAAAAUGCACUCAUCGCCAGUCAGGGGCGCAAUACAUAUACCUUGCUACUGGAAAAGCUUGGUGAUCACAAGGAACGUGUGCGGGCCCAAGCAUCCCAGGCAUUCACGGACUUUUGGACAGCGUCACCCGCCGAAGUUGAACAUCAUGUUCUCGAGGUGGCCCUCGUCGGCAAGAGUCCGAGGGCAAAGGAGACUAGUAUGACAUGGCUUGUGAAGAUGACGAAGGAGCAUGGGGUUCUUUUCCGCACGCACGUCCGCAGUCUUGUUGUCGGCCUCGAAGAUGCAGACAGUGCCGUCAGAGAAACAGCCAAAGCCGCUGUUAUCGAGUUAUUCCAGAACGCCCCUUCUCGAGCUAUAUCAGACCUCAAGAGACAGAUCCAGUCACACAAUGUGAGGCGGUCUAUUACAUUAUCAAUUUUUGCUGCUCUUGGAAUCAAUUCCGUCCCCGAUGCAGACGUCCCAUCAUCCCACUCGGGGCUUAGUGCUGCUCGGCCGGGAAGCAGCUUUUCUCAUCGUCGAGAAGAGGUACCAAGGCCCAACUCGGUUCUUUCAACACGAUCACACCCAAACCAAGAUGGUCGAAAUGAUGACUCCCAUUAUGGCCAAUCGAGAGUCCCUAAGGGAGAUCCACCCCGAAAAGACGCAUUUCUCUCGCAUGCUGCCAGCAUCGAGUCUCUACCGGCUGUUAAUCUUGAAUCUGAAGAACCUGAACCCAUUGAUCCAAUCACCAUAUACUCUAACAGAGAGAUUGACGACAUGUUCCGAGACAUGACACCUCAUUUUGAAGGCAAGGAGACUGAACACAACUGGCUAUUCCGUGAAAAGGGAGUCGCUACCUUACGAAGGUUGACAAAAGGGAACGCGCCGCACGAAUACCAGGUCCAUUAUCUGGCUGGUAUCAAACAGCUCCUAGACGGUAUUUUGAAAGCUGUCAACUCCCUCCGCACCACUCUAUCAGCUGCAGGAUGUUCCCUUAUUCAAGAUAUCGCUCGCGUAAACGGACCGGCCAUUGAGCCAAUGGUAGAAAUCCUGCUUCAAAGUCUUAUCAAACUUUGUGGUGCCGUUAAGAAAAUAACAUCCCAGAGUGGGAAUAUUACUGUCGACACUAUUAUUGGUAACAUAUCUUAUUCGGCGCGUAUACUUCAGCAUAUGUGGGCUGCGUGUCAGGAUAAAAAUACACAGCCACGACUGUAUACUACUGGAUGGCUCAAAACGAUCAUGACUCGACACGCGAGGCAGAAAAACGCUAUCGAACAUAGCGGUGGUGUUGAUCUUAUUGAAAAGUGCAUCAAGAGAGGUCUGGCGGACGCUAACCCGGGCGUGAGAGAAAACAUGAGAGGAACUUACUGGACAUUCGCACACAUCUGGCCCGAUAGAGCUAGGAGCAUCAUAUCCGAGCUGGACACAAAAUCGAGGUCCCUCCUUGAGAAGGACCCCGGAAACCCUAAUGCCGUAGCACCCUCUAGUUCUACGUCUACAUCCCGUGAGGGACAGUCUCAAGGAUCCUCCUCCACAAGGAUGACUCUGAAAGAAACUAUUGCUGCACAAAAGAAGGCUCGUAUGGCUGCCGCGAGAAGCCUUCCACCCCGCCCAGAAUCCGCUCAAUCUACAUUCUCUGAGCCACGGCCUGCCAGGCCUAACGUAAACAGACAACCGGCGUCAUCCUCCUCUGUUCGUAACGUGCCCACUGGAGCACAGCUUUCAUCAUCAGUACCAUCUGCGCAAGGAGGUUCACUAUCCUCUGCCCCCAUGCGCCCAGCCAUGCGUCCUCGUCGGCCAGAGUUAAUGAGGCCUGCAACCGCAGACCCUUAUUCUCGGAGAAACGCUCCACUCAGCGCUCAGUCAAAGGUAUCAAGUCCCUCCAACAGCCCUCAGAGGCCAACUCCGAAAACAGCACCCGUUUCUCGCACCAGGAAUCCUCCAGCCCGGCCUAAAUCUCGAAUGGAGGGUGUAACGACGAAUACUCUACAGAGGAAACCUGCAGCGUCUGAGCCGCCAGUGGUUCAGAGGACUGAGCAGAAAGCUAUCAACCUUAUAGAGCCGGAGCCGGAGCCGGUUAUUCCGGCGCCCCAGGUAGUCGAGCAGGCUGUUGCAAGCCCGACUAAGGCAGAUGAAGAUCUUACUAUCGUUUUGCCUGAUCUUAACGCUUCAGCCAUUGCUGCUCCAAAUCCAGCCCCAGUUGAUGCUGCAGCUGAAAGCCCAAUUGAAGCUCCGGUUGCUUCGCCGAUUGAAGCGCCUAUUGCAGUCGCGGAUGAACCCCCAGCUGAUAUCAUAGCUGAUAUCCCAGCUGAGUCACCAGCUGAAGUUCCAACUGCUAUUGACUCGACCGAUCUGUCCAGGGUAGAUGCAGAUCUCACGCAGUCCCGUAUUGAGGAUAUGCCAGAAGUGCAGCCAGAUCCCACUACAGAUGCAGUUAUCGCAGACAGCCAAAUUACACCCCCUCGACCUCAUCACGUCAGCACUACGCCACUAUCCAAAGUCCCUAUACCAUCUCCCAAAUUUCGCAAAAAUGGCAAGGACACUACCCUCUCCAGCCCCCUUCAGACCCCGCCAAAGAGCAGUGUUCGGCCCCCUGAUACGGAAAUCUCUACCAUUAUCAAGCUAUCUCCGCCUUCUACAUCUGCAGAAUCCAAUGGAGCGACCGCUCUUAAAGUUUAUGAGGACCCUCAGUCCCCUCUCUCAAAAGCUGCAGAUCCUUCUCCCACAACACCACACACAAACCGGCUAGUUUCUAGAACUAAACCUCUUGAGGCUUUACCUUUAAAUGAACCCUCAAGCACUAAUCGUAAAUAUAAUCAGGAUACACAGAGUAUCGCGCCAUUGUCAUAUUCUCCUCCUUCCCCUGCAUCCAAUGAGAACUCCCACCGAAGAUGGAAGAAAGUCGAAAUAUCAGAAAGACGAAGGAGCCUUAGCCCUCACUCCAAAGAUCCAGCCAGGGCUCGCGACAUGAUCGAUCGUGGACUUAUGAGGAUCCGAACGUCUUCUCUAGAUGUCCAUGGUUAUAGGAAAUUUCAGGGCCUAGUCCGAUACCACGAGUCAAUUGUUAACGACGAGACCAAAUAUUCCCAAAUUUUGCUCGCGUUAUUCGAUGCAUUGGAAUCCCCCGAUGGAGAUAAGGCUUCAAGCACUGGUCGGUCUUUCGAUUUAAAAACACAAGUUCUCUUCACCAUACGUCUUAUGUUCUCCCAAAACCGAGAGCUUUUUUCAAAGUUCUACUCCAGGGCAAUGAUCUCGAUCAUCACGGCAAGAAAACAUUACGAGAUCACAAAUCACAUUGUUUCCGGCCUUGAGGAAACGUCCGAGGAUAUCGUCAGUGCCUGCAAUCCUCCAGAAGUAGCUGACGCAAUUCUCGACCUCCUGGAAACAGAAGAGAAAUCUCCAGAGGCGAGUCGCAUGAUAUCCAUGGGCACUUAUGUUCUCUGCGGACUCCUACGUCGUCUAAACGAUAAGAAGCUAUACUUCAGUGAUCCAGAACUUGAACGACUGGGCAAAUUUGCCAGCGAGAAUCUCAGGAACCCACAGCCUGAUGUUCGUCGUGCAGUGAUGGACUUCUGCCUAGAGUUACACGAGAUGGUCAAGCCGGAAGACAAGUUUUGGUCCAUAGUUAACUCCCCAGUUGAGGAUGUCCGACCGCUCCUAACAUAUUAUAUCAUGCGGAAACCAAAGGUUUGA